AUGAAUCUGGCCACUCUCCUACUCUCUUUUGUCUCAUUCUCAAUAACAUCAAACGCGCUGGCAGUGGUAGACAAUACUGUUCAACUUUCUUCUUAUCCGCAAUACAAGGACUGUAAAGCUGUAUACAUUGUGCAAGCAAAUGAAGCUUGCUUUGAUGUAGCUGUGAAAUUCAACCAUCAAGGCCCUGAUCCAGCCGCAAAUCUCAUGCAACUAAACUCUGAACUAUUUGGAACAUCGCUCGAUUGCAAUAACUUGAAUGUCGGAAUCGUAGUCUGUGUGGACUGUGAAGGGAAACCAUACUGCCCUUACCAUGUUGCAAAUGAUUGCACCAAAGUCCAUAAAUGUGAGAAGGGCGAUACUCUCAAUACACUGGCCUCAAUCUAUGGAGUUUCAAACAAGUCUGAUUUCGCACAAUUCAAUCUCGGACUCCAAGUCGAGAUAAAUGUAUAUCCCGAGCAUCAAGUCUGUGUCAUUCCACCAACCAAACCGCCACCAUAUACACCCCAAUAUGGCAAAGUUCCUGAUGGAGCUUGUGCACGAACACAUGUGUUGCAGAAUGGGGAUAACUGCUAUGAUUUAGCUGUGAAUAACAAUAUGCAAGGGCCGGAUCCCGCUGCAAGGCUAAUCAGCAUAAAUCAGCGUAUUUUGGGAAUGAAUUUCAAUUGUGCUGCGUUACCUGUUGGAGCUACUGUCUGUGUUGACUGUAUGAGAAUCGGCGUUGCUGCUAGUGAUUGUCCAUAUCAUCUCUCUCAAACCUGCUCCAAGAUUCACACUGUCGCAGAAGGUGAAACUCUGACUACCAUUGCACAGGCUAAUGGUAUGGCUGAUGCUAAAGGGCUCCUUCCUUUGAAUCCUGGUCUUGAUCUAGACGCAUUCAUAUAUGCUGCCAACACUGUGUGUACUCAAGGCACUCCCAAUAUGAAUCCACCAAACCAAAAUCCACCACCAUCACCAAAUAAUAAUCCUACACCACAAACUCCUAAUACAAGACCAAGCCCUGUUGUAAACGCACCAAACCCAAAUUAUGUGCCUGGACCGCAACCUACCGGUCCACCUCUAGGAGCUUGUCCGCAUACAUAUGUGGUAAAGCAGGGAGGUGAAAAGUGUUUUGAUAUUGGAGUUAAUUUCAAUCAGCAAGGGCCGGACCCUGCUCAAAAGCUCGUCAGCAUGAACCAGAGACUGCUUGGCGUCACAUUGAAUUGUCAAAAUCAAAAUGUUUUACAAGCGGGCGUGACUAUUUGUGUGGACUGUACGAAUACUGGUGGUGCUACAGACUGUCCGUAUCACUUAUCUCAAGGCUGCACCAAAGUGUAUACUAUUGUGGCAGGCGAUGAGUUGAAUAAGAUUGCGAUGAUGAAUGGCCUUCGCAACGGAUCUGAUUUACUACCUCUGAAUCCCGGAUUAAAUCUUGACCUCGUGAUAUUCCCUGGAAAUCACGUUUGCGUCGUAAACCCAGCUUUUGCUAUGGGACCGGCAGCAAAUAACAACCAACCUAAACCUGUUUCCUCUGGUAUUCCCGUCGGUGCUGUUGGUGUUCCUGCAGCCCCAGCACGAGGCGAUUGCCCAAAGACGUAUGUUGUAAACCAAGACCCAGCAGCCAAAAUCCUCUCGCUCAAUCAACGCUUAUUGAACGUAUCUCUGAAUUGUGGUGCUCCAUUGCAGGCAGGAACUACGGUGUGUGUCGGCUGCCUCAACAAUGUCGGAACUACUGAUUGCCCGUUUAUGAUGUCGGCAACCUGUACUUCAGUUCACAUGGUCGCUACUGGUGAAACGUUUAACUCUAUAGCAAUGGCUAACGGAUUUACAAAUGGAGCAAGUCUUGUUGCUCUAAAUCCCGGAAUCGACAUAAAUUCACCUCUGGUUGCUGGCAACAAGGUCUGUGUGAAAGCAUCUGGCGCUCCUGGCAAUGGUGUCGGACUUGGUGGCGGUACCAUGCCAUAUCCGAAUCUUCCACCAAUAUGA